GGGUUACUUAAAACAUGGCUAGAAUAAAAAGUGGAACAAAAGAUAAGAAUAAGCCUACAGAAAGUGGAGCAAAAAAUAAACCUGCAGAAACUGGACCAAAAAAUAAGAAUAAACCUACAGAAAGUGGAUCAAACGAUAAAACAUGGGACGAGCCCUAUUUGCAUAUCUUCUUGGUUACUUGGCGUUUGGUAAACGUCAUGUUUGUUCAAAGUUGGUUUGUUCCUGAUGAAUAUUGGCAGUCUGUUGAAAUAGCGCACAGGCAUGCUUUUGGGUUUGGAUACCAAACAUGGGAAUGGAAGGUUGGCAUUCGAUCAUAUUUACAUCCAUUGAUGUUCUCUUGUUUGUUUUACAUCCAAAAGUGGGUGGGGCUUGACCACGCCCCCUUACUGAUCAUUAUACCCAGAGUUGCGCAAUCUCUACUCUCUGCUGCCGCCGAGUGGAAGUUUUAUUUAUUUCUAAGCAACACUUGUGGUCGGUAUUUUGCACGUUGGGCAAUGUUUAGCUUAUUAACAUCCUGGUUCUGGUGGUAUUGCGCAACAAGGACACUCAUCAACACAUUCGAAAUUAACCUCGUUUGCUUUGCAUUGUAUUAUCUUGGAUGUGACCAGUAUAAAAUUGGUUCAAAUUAUUCGAAAUUUGUUUUUAUUGCAGCGUUUGCUUUUAUGCUGCGACCCACCAUCAUUACUGUGUGGCUUCCAUUGUUUUGUGUUUAUUUUUACUAUUUCUGUCUCGCAAAGCCAGACAUUGCAAAAUUCAGCUUUAUUCUCUUUAGAACAACAAUAAUUUCCACCUUGGUAUUUUUGCUAUCUACUUUCAUUGACAUGGUAUGCCAUGGCAGGUUACUUAGCGUGCAUUUUAAUUUCUUUCUCUUUAAUAUCUUCAACAACAAAAGCACGUUCUAUGGAAGCCACCCUUUCCACUGGUAUCUCACACAAGGCAUACCUACUGUAGUAGGAACCCACCUACCUUUUAUAAUGAUUGGUAUUUAUAACAAAAGAAGGUCUGACUACCAUGUUUACAACUUAUGUAAGUUAUCAUUACUUAUUUGUACAUUCACUGUGUUAGUUUAUAGCAUACCUGGUCAUAAAGAAUUCCGAUUUUUACUUUGUAUUCUUCCAUUUCUUCACAUUCUAUCAACAUGUGGGCUGUUAAGCUUGCCAAGGAGAUGUCGACACAUUGGGAUUCUUUGGUUGUUACUUACUAACAUACCAAUGGCAAUAUACACAGGACUUAUCCAUCAGUCUGCACCAAACAAAGUAAUGAAAUAUCUUCGUGAAGAUUUAACAAGGCCAACAUCCCCAACAAAAACUGAAAUAAUGUUUCUAUGUCCGUGCCAUUCAACUCCAUACUACGCUUCACUGCACCAAAACAUCACGAUGAGGUUUCUGACAUGUGAACCAAACUUAGAUGACACUAAAGAUUAUUUAGAUGAAGCUGACAUAUUCUUCUCUGACCCUGUAAGUUGGUUAGAACAGGAGUAUAAACUCAGCAAAGAAACCCGACAGUGUGGAUCGCUGCUACCCAACAGAUUGGUGAUGUUUGAUGUGUUGUAUGAUAAGUUGGAGGAUUACUUCACCCAAUGUUAUAAAGUUUGUUUCUCAACUUUCCACACACAUUUCAGUGAAGGGAGGGUGGGCUCACAUAUGUUGGUGUUGUGUAGGUUUUGAUUCAAUUACUAAAACAAGUAAACCCACAUGAAAAGACACCUCUGUAAACAUAUGAAGAAUCAUAAAAGGAAAGAAAAAUCAUGAUAGCUGUAAUGAGUCUUAUUCAAGAUUAGAUCGCAAGCAAAACUUAAGAAAAAUCUCUGUAUGUGCUGUUGGUUGUGAUAUGAUUUUAUUUAGAGUACGUAUUAUACAGAUUUUAUCUCUUUACAAAAUUAGGCACGUUUGUGGCCUUAUAGAUCUCAACGUUGAACAGUUGUUUUUUUCUUAAUCAUAACUGAUAUUUUUUUACCAUCUUAAUACUCAUAUCCCAUGUCUGAUAUAAAAUUGCAUUUCAUCAUAUUAUAACUUACGUGCCCAACCAUUAGAGAGCUGUGCUCUUUUGUUUUUAAUCAAUGUGUUCUGUGCCAAUAAUUGAUUUCAAUUUUUUUAUUUUUUAAG